AAGCAAAAAAAAAGAAAAAGAAAAAAAAAAGAGUAAACAAAUUAGGGAUAAGGGAGAAAAACUCUGUAUCCGGCCGUCUCAUCAGAUUUCUCUCAUUUUUCUUGUAACGUUUGGUUUCGUUUCUACUUGGUUAUCUUCCCUAAAAAGUUCAGAUCUUAUAUUUUUUUUUUUUCUGAAAAGAUACUGAAUCAAGUUUUCUCAUAGCAAUCAGACGAUAAUCGAAUCAGAAGACCCUUUUUUGUUUUCUUCCGAUUCGUUUUUUUUUUAAUAGCUUAAUCGAUUAGAUAUUACUUUGUGAAUUUGGCAAAUCGAUUUGGGUCAAACAUUUCUGAUCGAUUCAACGAUUCGAUCUGGGGAAAUCAUCGAUUUGUCGGGGCUAGAGAUAUCUUUAAGGGUGAAUAGAUCGAAAGAAGCAUGGAUCGUGUGGUUGGUGGAAAAUAUAAGCUGGGACGUAAACUAGGGAGUGGAUCAUUUGGUGAACUCUUUCUAGGAGUGAAUGUUCAAAAUGGAGAAGAAGUUGCUGUCAAGCUUGAACCUGCACGAGCUAGGCACCCUCAGCUUCAUUAUGAGUCAAAGCUCUAUAUGCUUCUUCAAGGAGGAACUGGUAUUCCGCAUUUAAAAUGGUACGGUGUGGAGGGUGAAUACAACUGCAUGGUGAUUGACCUUCUGGGCCCUAGCCUCGAGGAUUUGUUUAAUUAUUGCAGUCGGAGGUUCAAUCUUAAGACUGUUCUUAUGCUCGCUGAUCAGAUGUUAAAUCGGGUCGAGUUUAUGCAUGUCCGCGGAUUUCUUCAUCGUGAUAUUAAGCCGGACAACUUUUUAAUGGGUCUUGGACGCAAAGCAAACCAGGUGUACAUCAUUGACUACGGGCUUGCCAAAAAGUAUAGAGAUCUUCAAACUCAUAAGCACAUUCCCUACAGGGAAAACAAGAAUCUGACCGGAACAGCUCGAUAUGCAAGUGUUAACACUCAUCUUGGAAUUGAGCAAAGUAGGAGAGACGAUCUGGAAUCUCUUGGCUAUGUGCUUAUGUAUUUUCUUCGAGGAAGUCUGCCUUGGCAAGGCCUUCGUGCUGGUACCAAAAAGCAGAAGUAUGACAAGAUCAGUGAAAAGAAAAGGCUUACACCUGUUGAGGUUCUCUGUAAAUCAUUUCCACCUGAGUUCACAUCAUACUUUCUCUAUGUACGAUCAUUGCGGUUUGAAGACAAACCAGAUUAUCCAUACCUAAAGAGGCUUUUUAGGGAUCUCUUUAUUCGAGAAGGUUAUCAGUUUGACUAUGUAUUUGAUUGGACAAUCUUGAAAUAUCCGCAGUUCGGCUCUAGUUCCAGCUCUAGCUCAAAACCAAGAUCGAGCCUUAGACCAGCCCUGAAUCCUCCUGUGCCAUCCGGAGAGAGACCUUCGGCUGCUGGACAAGACAGCCGCGACAGAUUCUCGGGAGCUUUGGAGGCAUAUGCUAGAAGAAAUGGCUCAGGAAGCGGUGCGGUGCAGGCUGAUCGAUCGAGACCAAGAACCUCAGAUAAUGUAUUAGCAUCAUCAAAGGACACACCACCACAAAACUACGAGAGGGUUGAGAGACCAAUUUCUUCAACCAGACACGCAAGUUCUUCAAGAAAAGCCAUUGUCUCAAGCGUUCGAGCCACUUCCUCAGCUGAUUUCACUGAGAACCGCUCGGCCAGAGUUGUCCCUAACAAUGGCCGUUCCUCAACCGCUCAAAGGAUUCACCUUGUACCUGACUCGACCUCUAGACCAUCGUCCUCUUUCACCCGGGCUGCACCAUCCAGGACUGCUCGCGACAGCAUGCUCCAGAGCUUUGAGCUACUCACGAUAGGGAAUGGGAAGAGGAAGUGAGGCUUUUACGGUUAAUGAAUGGGGACAUUUUUAUGGUUACUUUUGUUUUUUUUUUUUUUUUGAGAAAUUGUCGGUUUGCUGAUUGAAGGAAUAAAAUGAUGUCUGUGAUAAAUAUAUAUUUCUUAUGUUUUAAGCUCUGCACUAAUUUCCAUGUGUUUAUAUACA